GGACAAUUGUCCCAAGCAGCGAUUGCCCUGCACAGCAAAAUCGACGUUUAAAACUUCUUCAAAUUUCAGAUGGACGGAUCCUUCAGAGCCGCGAAGGAUGGUGGAAAACUCGCUGCCAUAGAAGGCCAUAGAAAGCAUACUCCAAAACGAGCUUUAAAAGGGAAAGAUCUAGAUGCUUAACCCAACAUAAGCUAUUUUUACUUGUACACGUCGUUCCCUUUGCAUCAUCGGCUCUGACCGAGGACUGCAUAAAGGGACUGGAAAGGUUCUGGGAGCGAGAAUGGAACAGGCGCCAAGCACAAGCCCCAGUGGCGUAAAUCAGCCCCCACAACCUGCCCAGCAUGAACCUAUUAGUUUCGGCAUUGACCAGAUUCUUAGUGGUACCGACCAGGAAGAAUCACAGAAUACAACCCGGAGUGGUUCGGAUACUGGCAACUCCACAAGUGGAGGAGGUUACCACCUCGAUAGUCCAACUGGAGCCAGUGCAGCGCCCUUCACUUCGCUUUCCGGUUCUUUUCAUGGCCUUGCAUCGUCAUACGAGGAAUCAAGUGCAUACGGAGUGAACUUGACUUUCACCCCAGGAGGGGUGAUACGCGUCCCGGCGCACAGGCCGCUGGCCGCCGCAGUGCCUCCUUCUAUAGCCAGCGCGGUACCAGGGCUAGGGAGCAUCAGCUUCCCCUGGAUGGAGAGCAGCCAAAGAUUCGCAAAGGAAAGAUUCGCAGCUGCACUGACACCAUUCACAGUGGCCCGGCGAAUCGGUCACCCCUACCAGAACCGCACCCCUCCGAAGAGGAAGAAGCCGCGGACAUCCUUCUCCCGGGUGCAGAUCUGUGAGCUGGAGAAACGCUUCCACAGACAGAAGUACCUAGCCAGUGCUGAGCGGGCUGCUCUCGCCAAGACCCUCAAGAUGACCGACGCACAGGUCAAGACCUGGUUCCAGAACCGCAGGACCAAGUGGAGGCGACAGACGGCCGAGGAGAGGGAAGCGGAGCGUCAGCAGGCCAAUCGGCUGAUGAUCCAGCUGCAGCAUGAUGCCUUUCAGAAGUCCCUGAGCGACUCAGUUCCAUCCGAUCCACUCUGCAUCCACAACUCCUCCCUGUUCGCACUGCAGAACCUGCAGCCGUGGGCUUCUGAGGAAGCAGGAAAGAUGGGCCGUGUCACCGCUCUAGUGUGACAGGGACAGGGUGGGGCCCUCUGGACACACUCUGACUUGCCCAAAAGCUUACUGACUGAUAUCUAAGACACUGCACCAAGGUGACUGACCGGUGAGCACAGUGAAUUGAGUGAUUUAUUAUUGUCCUUCCAGAACAUAGCCAAAGCGAGUCUGAAGAUGAAACAAAAACUCUGUAGUUUCCUACCCUGAUAUGAUAUGGCCAUACAGAACGUACGCUGCAUGGGCCCUUGUGUCCGAUAAGUCAUGGGUGGUAGCUUAUGACCUGUGGCGAUGUAUGCGACACACAUCACUGAGCCAGCCCCACAAUUCCAAAUGGACAUAUUGACUGACUGACGCAGCACAGAUUGGAACAUUUCUUCCUCCCACGUCCCAUCUGUUCAUUCACCACUAAUUACACUACCAGCUCUGUGCCCUUGCAUCUAAAAGCUGACCAGUCUGCUGAGAAAAUUGAUGGGAAAUGGAGAGAGUGAGAAUACACUAAUAUUUUUUGAGAAGAUAUAAACAUUUGUUGUUGCAUGGAAUCAAUCUAAUCAUCCUCCUUUUCCAUCUUGAAAUAAAUCGAAUUGUUUCCUCUCUGGCCUGCUAGUAAGAAGGAUUUUUGUAUUGGCGGACAUAGGCAACACUGAUCCUAGAAUGCCACUGAAUGUAGGUACACGUACAGGCUUCAAUUACAAUUUAUUAUCACUCUAAAACUCAAUUAGGGGUCAUGCAGUGGUUACAUUUAAAUAAGAAGGGAAUCUAUAAAACCAGAUAUCUACAAGUGAGAUUUUGUAGGAUCGACUGCUUGCUGUUCUAUUGGGGUAGUGUUUAGUUUUGUCUGGGAAUCCAAAACUAGAUAAGACCUAUCUUCUUACACAGGAUAGACCCGGAACACUAGCAAUACAUAUACAGUGGGGAGAACAAGUAUUUGAUACACUGCCGAUUUUG